AUGGCGUUAAUUGUGCGGCAGGCGGCGGCGACAGGGCCUGAAUACAGAUAUGUCGUAAAGUGUUAUCAGCGAGGCGUCCUGUCAUCUGACAAAGAAACAUCAGUCACUCACACACGUCCUCCGACCAAUCAGGCGCAUCGGAAGCUUCUGGAAGAGCCCUCUACAUCUGUGCAGCACUGA